AGUGACGUCCCGACGUGCUGACGUCUAACGGAAAUUUGCAGCAGUUCUUUCUAGAAGCUUGUAGCAGUCUGACGCUAGCUCACUCCAGAAAAAUCUAUUUAAGUUACUCUUGGCAAAACGCAGCCGGCCGCAGCAUUGAAUAUAAACACACAUUUCAGUGCAGCGUCCUUCUGUUAUAUGCUUUUUGAUUAAACACUCGGGUUAGCCUCGUUUAGCCCACUAACUUAGCCGAGUCAUAACCCAAGCUAACGCUGUUUGCGUUAGGUUGUUGCUGGCAUAAUGUCCAGAAUAGACUACAGCGUGUGGGACCACAUUGAGGUGUCAGACGAUGAAGAUGAUACCCACCCAAACAUCGACACCCCCAGCCUCUUCAGAUGGAGACACCAGGCACGUGUGGAGCGAAUGGAAGAAUUUCAAAAAAUGACUCUUGAUUUAAGCAAGGGACUCAGUGAAUGCCGGCGUAAGCUGGCUGAGACACAGAAGAAACUACAAGAGCUGAGCAUCUCAACAACGGAUGAUGCCAAAGCAGAGCUGAGCAAAACCCAGGCUGAGGAGAAGAAACUGAAAAAGGAGGAACGGGAGUGGGAGAAGAAGUUGGAGAAGCACCGCCGGGAAGAGAAAAAGAUGCCAUGGAACGUGGACACGCUCAGCAAGGAUGGGUUCAGUAAGAGCAUUGUUAAUGUCAAACCUGACAGUGCUGAAGAGACCGAAGAAGAGAAGGAGCAAAAGCAUAAAACCUUUGUGGAAAAAUAUGAGAAGCAGAUCAAACAUUUUGGUAUGUUGCGACGCUGGGAUGACAGCCAGAAGUACCUCUCUGACAACCCUCAUCUAGUAUGUGAAGAGACUGCCAACUACCUGGUCAUCAUGUGUAUUGACCUUGAAGUUGAGGAGAAACACGCACUGAUGGAGCAAGUGGCUCAUCAGACCAUCGUCAUGCAGUUCAUUCUGGAGUUGGCAAAAAGCCUCAAAGUGGACCCCCGCGGAUGCUUUCGUCAAUUCUUUGCCAAGAUUAAGACAUCAGAUCAGCAGUACCAGGACGCUUUCAAUGACGAGCUGGAGUCAUUUAAGGACCGGGUUCGUGGCAGGGCGAAGAUCCGCAUAGAAAAGGCCAUGAAGGAGUAUGAGGAAGAGGAGCGACAAAAGCGCUUGGGACCCGGAGGGCUGGAUCCUGUUGAUGUUUAUGAGUCCCUACCAGCCGAGAUGCAGAAAUGCUUUGAUGAUAAAGACAUCCAAAUGUUACAGGAUGUGAUUAGCAAAAUGGAUCCAACGGAGGCAAAGGCCCACAUGAAGAGGUGCAUAGACUCGGGGCUCUGGGUCCCCAACUCCAAGACGGACGACGGGGAUGAAAAAGGGGAAGAUGCUACCUAUGAGGAAGUCAAACAGGAGCAGGAGGAAACUAAGAAAGAAUGACCAACAUUGACCCUAUGAUGUGUUGUUUGUGCAAAUGUAUUUACCCACUGUAUUGCAACUCCACUGUGUGUAUGACUAGUUUGCCAAUCAAGGAACAAUGAAAUGACUUCUCCAAUAUACUUAGCUCAGACUUAAGGGAUUAGCAUUCACCUAACUGCACAACUAUGUUGCAUCUGUAACUCCUGCUUUGAAAAGAACUGCAGCUUGUGUGUAGGUCUUUUAUUUGCUUUGACAUCACUAAAGCUGUAUUCUUA